UUUCCUCAGAGCUUAAAUAUUACAUGGGUCAAGGUUCAUUGACGUGGGAGGGGGCACAGACGGCUUGCCGAGCCAAUGGAGAUGACUUAGCGAGCAUCCUCACCCAAGAGGAUUACACAGCAUUCCAAAGCAUAAAAGAGACACAGCAGUAUGAUAUGUGGAUCGGACUCUACUGGAAGACUUCUACCAGAAUGUGGCAGUGGUCCAAUGGGGACCUCUUCCCAUACUGUGUGUCUGAGCCUCAACUGGGUGCUAGUAACUGCUGCUCCCUGACCCGUCAGGGCCAUGGACAGACUGAACACGCUUCCCUGGACAAGAUAGACUGCUCUCUGAAGAGGCCGUUCCUUUGCACUGGAAAAAAGAGAAUCAAGCAGACCAUUGUAAGGAUGUCUCUGAAAUCUAUCUCAGGAGCUGACCUCAAUGACCCAGUGGUAAAGGAACAGAUGUUGGAGCAGAUCAGAAAGGAGUUGGCUAAGAACGGGAACUUUAUCCAAGGCUUAAGCUGGAGAGAACUGCCCAAUGGGGAUGUUUUUCGCAAAACAGUUGAACUUGGAAGCCCUGAAGAAGGUCAGUGUGGGUCUGGAUGAAGAGGACCAACCAUGAUGAUACAACAGGAGAGGGAUAGAAGGUCCAAGAAAACCACAUGAUUUUUAAUCACUUGUAUUCAUAUAUAUACAUAAUUCCAUGUGUUAUUUCAUAUUUGUCUUACCUAUUACUCUACAGUAUAGAAAAUUGUUUUAAAAAGAAACCCUUGAAUGAGUAGGUGUUCAAACUUGACUGACACUUUUAUAAUUGUAACACCUUAUAACACAUAAUACAAUAUUAUUUUAGUCAUUGCUUUUCAAGUUAUGAAAUAUAUGAAGUAAUUUAUAUUAGA